UACAUAUAUACGAUAAUGGCCGAGCUACUUUUUCCACAACUGGAGCGUCCUUUGCCCACGCUGCCAUCGCUGCACUACACGCUGUUCGCCUACAGGGAGGAGUUGCGACGCCGCGAUGCCCCGUUCAUGAAGAUGUCCACCAUCAAGCUGCACCUCACGGACAACCUCAUCCUGCAGACGAUCAAGAACAUCCGGCAGUACGACACCAUCGAGAUUAUGAAUCUCAACCAGGAGAUCAACUUCAAGCGGCGCCUCACCAAGCAAAUGCGGAAGGUGCGCAAGCUGGAGAAGCUCAGCUUGCAGAUCGAUCCGCGGAAACUCAACGAGAAUGGCCAAUGGCACUGAGGUUUAAUGAUUUAGUGGAACUCCAGAACCUAAGCUUC